CAACAUUAUCCCCAUUGACCCAAUUGGACAAAUCCCGUCUCUUUCCGUGGUCUCCGUUUGUUUCUCGAGAAAUUCUUCUAGGGUUCCAAUUCCAAAAAUGGCAAAUAACAGCAAUAAAGAAGAGCCAUCCACUGCUCCAAAGCCUAAUCGUUGGUACAAUAUAAGUUUGGGAUCUUCCUUCAAGGACCAACACCAGCCUUCCUCCAAAUUUUGCACUUUGCGUUAUGAAUUUAAACCAGCAUCAAUUGAUAAGAACCAACCAGGAUUACUCCACAAGUCUAAGGAUAAUCGAGUUAAGGUGGAAUUUGAAAACAAUCAGCCUGGGAAACCCAAGGUGACAUUUGAGGGUGCCAGUGAAGAUUACAAGGACAACGAUGCGGUGUUGUUCUUCGAUGGUGAGACGUUACGGUUGGAGCGUUUACAUCGAGCUGUGAAGCGGUUGAGGCAUAACCGGCAGCCUGGUGAGUCAGCAUCCUUGGCUGCUUCAGCUGGCCCUGCUGCAGAAUCUUAUUCACCUCCACUUGGUAAAGGAGUAAAACCUGAAUCUUCAAACAAAGCCUCGGUUCCGCCAUUGCCUCUUCGGGUGGAACACAUUGAUACAUCCGACUUCGAGAAUGGAGAAUCCUGGAAGGAGAAGAACUCUGAGUUCCUGUCGUCAAUUCCAAAUAAACCAACUGUGUCACCGGAUCGUAAAAGUUAUGAAUCGGAAGAACUGGUGGAUAUCGUCAAUGACGACGACGAUAAUGAUGUUUUGGGGAUAGCUAAAGAAGAUAAUGGUUCUGAAAAUGUUUCAACUGGUAUCAGUAUUGAUAAAUACGAACCACAUCACAAUGACAUGGAUGAUGAGAUUGCUGAUGUAGAUGUAAGUGACGAUGAAGAACAAAAUGUGGGGCGGAGUGCAGCUGAAGCUCUUCGAGAUCGAGUAAAUGCAGAAGAGAAAGAAGAGCAUAGCUUGAGCUCAAGCAGUAGCAGUGGAAGUGAGAGUAGCGGUAGUGGGAGUGGGAGUGGGAGCGGGAGCAGUAGUAGUGAUAGUGAAAGCAGUGAUGGCGGUGAUUCAGUCAUCUCUAUUUAAUUGGUUAGACCAAGUAGCUGUAUAACUCUCUGUUACUCAGAUUGGAGGUGAGUGUCGGAAACGUUAUAUUUCCGAUAUGGGGGGUGCUCAAUUUUUUUUCUAAGUUUCCUCAAGUAAUCAGCGAAUCAAACCGCGAUACUCGUGUCCGAAUGCAUGCUGGACAAGGUUAACGAAAUGAAGAAAUGGGGUAUAGGUGGAACUGGCUUGGCAUUGUUAUCAAAUUAGUGGUUGCUAAACUGGGGUUGUCAACAUUAUAUACCAUGUAGCAUUGCAAUUACUGAAAGUCUUUUAUGCAGACAUCAAUGAACUAACGGUGUUUAACCCAAAUGAUUCAAAAGAGUUGGAUUCUAGCUU